CUUUCGUUCCGGGGCCUGCGAGGGCCGCGCGGGUGCCGCGCCGGGCGGCGGCUAACCAUGUCUUUAAAUUCAUCUACACUUUUAAAUGAAGGAAAUGCUCAAGGAGCAAAAAGAAAUACUGAGUGUUUGGAAAGCCUACUGCAGAGUCCAUCAUCUGUUCAAGAUAAUCCACUUCAACAAUUACAGUUAGCAUCCCAGGAAGUACUGAAAAAAGCAAAAAAGAGUGGGAGAUCAAAAUGCCCCCGAUGCAAUAGUUCAAGGAUGUUUUAUUGUUAUACAUGCUUUGUUCCUGUUGAAACUGUCCCUACCAAAGAAAUUCCAACUGUGAAGUUACCUUUGAAGAUUGACAUUAUUAAACACCCAAACGAAACUGACGGCAAAAGCACGGCUGUGCACGCUAAGCUCCUGGCACCUGAUGAUGUCACCAUUUAUAAAUACCCCUGCAUUCCAGAGUAUGAAGAGAAGAGACACGAAAUAGCACUUAUAUUUCCUGGCCCAAAUUCAGUUUCAGUGAAAGAUAUUGCUUUCCAUCUCCAAAAGUACACCAAGAAAGGUGUCUGUCCUAGUGACGAUAACUGUUCCAGAGAGCCCCUUCCUAAACAAGCAAAAAUAGAACCUGAAGAAGAAAAAAGUCCAAAUGAAUGCAUCUCAAGCAGCAGGAGUGAAGGCACUAGACUGAAGAAAAUAAUAUUUAUUGACAGUACCUGGAAUCAAACUAACAAGAUAAUAACUGAUGAACGACUUCAAGGGUUACUGCAAAUUGAGUUGAAGACAAGGAAAACUUGCUUUUGGCGUCAUCAGAAGGGAACACCAGAUACAUACCUUUCCACAAUAGAAGCAAUUUAUUAUUUCCUUGUGGACUAUCAUCAGGAGAUUUUGAAAGAGAGCUACAAAGGACAAUAUGAUAAUCUGCUUUUUUUCUUUUCAUUUAUGUAUACAUUGAUUAAAGAUGCCAAGUGUUGUGCAGGAAAAAAGUAAGCUGUCUGUCGGUGCAUGACACUACUUUUUUUUGUAAUAAUAACCUGCACAAACAUAACUAGGUUUUUUUUUUUGCAAAUAGACUGUCCUCUAAAUAAUAUCCAGAAGUGAGCUGCAGACCUCCUCCUGCAUGCUUGAGGUUGUAGAACUGCUCACAUGAGCAGUCUUAUUAGAGUUACUUACUUGAAAACAGUUACAUUUUCCUAAAUAUUGCUGUACUUCAACCUACCGGUCUGAUGUGCUCGCUGUGAUGAGCACAUUUCCUGAGAUGGGAGUGGAGGACCUGACCCCUCUUGCUGUAAGGAGUGAUCUCUUAACUGUAAGAAGGAAUUAGCAUGCUGGCUUUUCCAUUGUUACUAAUACUUCUGUCAGAUGGUUUCUUUGUGGUUUACACAGCAAUACUGAUUUUGCUACAGGUGCAUCAAAGGC